CGCUAGCUGCAACAGCCGGCGCGGCAGAAGCGACAAUCGUGGGCAUGGAAAGUCCAGGACUUAUUUGAGUCAAGACGGAAGAGGCUAUAGCUGGCUUGCUUCCAGAAACACCAGAUGCACCAAAUGGCGACGGGAGAGGUCGGCUAGGGGGGAGAGGCUUCUCCUUAGGACGAUUACUGGGAAGGGCAGGCAACGUAUGAGGGACAACAGCAGAGGCUUGUUGAGGUUCCUGGUGGGGCCCCUGUUCAGGCUCUUGUUCAGGUUUCACGGACGCCGCACGCUCCUCCGGUUCAGACUCAUCAGAUGUAACAGAAGGAGGCAAGGGAACGGCUUCGGGAGGAGCUAAGGACGACUUUGGUACUUCGGGAGCCAUUUCCGCAGCGACACUAGGUUUAGGCUCCUGAGCAGCUUCAGGGACAACUGUGUUAGCUAUAUCACUCUCGGUCAACGAGGGCUUUCGAGUAAGAGUAUCAACUCCAGCCGUUGAAUUUGCUUCCUUUUGAGCCUCAGAUUGCUCAGUUUCUAUAGGUGAUUCCAUUAGACAGUGUACUUCCUCCAACUCACCUUGCUCAUGGUCAUCAUCAACCAUUUCCUCAGCAUACGACGCUGAUGUACUCAUCAUGAUAGGAGUCUGCAUGGACUGGAAACGAGGGGCCAUUGUGGGUUUUGCAGCUACAACGUGUCUUUCAGGCUCGCUGAGGACUACUCGCUCGUCCUUUCGGAGCCCUGGUGUGCCGGUUUUACCCAAUUUAAUGUCAUUCAACACAGGUUUUUUGGGAAGAACACUUUCGUAAAUACGGUUCUUGUAUUCCGCACCAAAAAACUUCAGCAAUUCCCGAUGUUUCGCAGCCCAAUACCGAGCAGCCUCCUCCGCUGACUUGGAUUGUUGACUGAUGGUCAACGGGGCCUGAGCGGUCUCUGACUCUUUUUUUUGGACAAUAGGUUCAGCUGACUCUUUCAACUGAGCACUUUUCUGCUUCGUCACAAUGUCGUCUGUCCCAUUCUCCUCCUCCUCCUCCGAUACCAUCUCCUCUUCAUUCUUGAUGGUCUCCUCACCUUUUUGUCCUGCUGCGGGGGAAGCGAUAGCUGCUCCAGACUCCUGGGGCUUUGAUUCAGAUGAACUGGUCCUCGAAUGCAACCCAAUCGACUUUGGUGCACUCAAAGUGGUCCGUAGCGGGGGAAGAGACGGUAAUUCGGGUUCACUCUCCGAAUCACUGCCCCAUUCCGUGCCAUCAUACGUUGGGAUGUUCGAAACCCAACGUUUCGAAAUUCGACGUUUCAACCCAGCAUUGUUGUCUUCACUCAACAAUUGACUUUUCUUGUUCAGAGCAACAUUGAACGUCAUUGAAUAGCGCUCCUCCAAGAACAAUUCACCGGCAAAUUCAAUGUUCUAGCUCUCGGAGUGAGUGGUAGAGGGCAGGUGUAGUGGGUGGAUUUAGGUUAGGCUCCAUGGGUAAUUCUUGGUGGUAGUGCUUCCAAGAGCGGCUCUCCCUCCACUACGGCUGAAAUCCAACGACGUCUUAAACACCAAUGGCGACAGAAUCGCCCAUACACACGGAAGGACGACGUCGGUAUUAAAUUCCGAGCCCAUUUUCCAAUUAGAUUUCUCUUCCUUUUAUCGUUUUUAUCUUUCUUUAUUGAUUACGUUUUUCUUUUUUUUUUGCAGUUAUUUCCUUAACGAAUUGAAUUGCAAUUGUCAAAAACCGUAUAUUCAUCGUUCUGUAUUUCCUUUGUGAACCUGUUAAUUCGUUGCUCUGGUCAUUUUGGGGGUUUUUAAUUUUGUAAUCUGGGUUCUUUUGUGUUACUGCUUUUAGAAAACUGUUUGAAACGAUAUCUGUCGAAUCGAAGCAAGCAACAAAGUAAAAGAAAUUUCGGUCGCUUUAUGCUACUGCACUUUGGUUGUCUGUCUGUCGAGAAACACAAAUUCACUGAUUGAAGCUCUUCUAGGUCAUACAAACUGUUCUUGUGGAACUUUAUUAACGAUUUUACUACUACUGUUACUUUUAUCACGGGGUUUUCCAUACCUUUAUCUCGUUUAUGAACAAUUUACUGACGACAAUUUUUCUACGUAUUUAUUAUCCAGAACAUCAUAUGUCCGAAUCACAGCUGUUUCUUCUCAUCUAUGCAUCAAUCGUUUUCUAAUAGUUCAAUUGGGCGGAACGAUGCGACUUUUCACUCCAAUGGCGUCUCCGUUGUCGAAAGUCAUAAUGCAGCAACAUCAUCCAUGGAUGUGUGUUACUACAAACAUGAAUUCGACGCGGGCGCGUUUGAGUCACGAAAAGUUCAGCAGGGACACUUUUAUGUCGCCGAAGUCGCCGAUGAACACACUUCUUCUUCAAAAGAUAUCCGCGAAAAAAUCACUUCAACACAGGCUUUGGGGAAUGUGAAACAGUUUCUAGCUCCCCUGUUACAUGAGAAGUAUGCCGAAGAACCCAACUUCGAGUACUCCGAUUUUAAACCGCCUCCUCGAGUCACUUUACAGGAAAGCAAACGGGCAUCAUGGUUUCAGGACCUCGCUAAUCAUCUCGUACCGCUUUCAAAUUUGGCCAAGCGGAUACCUCACGGCAUUUGGGGCAAAGACAUUCUUCGCUCCUGCAUGUCGUACUUCGUGCCUAUCAAUCGUGCGGCAUGGUUUAUUAAAUGUGUUGGCGUAAAUGAGGCCAGGGCUUUUCUACGGAAAAACCCAAACAACACUGUGGACGAUUGGUACGCAAAUUGGACGGCGUCUGUGUGUGCUCUUUUGUCGGAAAUCGUUUCGUCAAUGGUUGAUAUGAAACAGCGGAGCUUGCAGGCCAAACAGUUUUCUUAUGUUUUACAGAUCAUCACUUAUCUUAUCCAAAAUGAUUUGUUAAACGAAACUCACAUGCUUCAACAUGUCCUCCGGUUUUUGUACGAAUCAAAUGCCAGUUCGUUGCCCAAAGCUAUUCUCGUACUAGAAUUCUUUUGGUGCCGAAUCAUGGACAAACCACAGAUAGCACAAAUCGGUGUGAUACUCAUUUUAGACUUUCUGAAAAUUCUCAAAUCCUCUUUCUACGGUCUACCAGCAGAACUGAAAAGCUCGUUUGAUCAGCGUUUGAACCUACUGCUUUUUCGUUUAGCGUACAAACGGCCAAAUUGUUAUUUUAUGCCUGACCAAUGGAAAACAAUUGAGCUCCAGCUAAAAUACGCGUGGAGACGGUUUCCAGGAUCGGCUAAUGUGUACGCUGUCAUACACGAACGCAACUCUCGGUCCCACAGACUCAUCAACCCGCUCAAUAAACGGUUCCGAUUCUUGGAAAUCCUUAACUCAUUAAAUCCUACUAGUGAUUGGAAACUCGUAACCAGUGACUUGCUUAAGCUGCUGCCUACCGAUGAAACUCUUCAUCUCAUUAUCAAAUGGUGCGUUGGUAUUAACCAUAUGUAUCUUGUUGAAAAACCCUACUAUACUGCUAUGUUGUUUCGAUACGCCGAUUUAAACAUCCAAACCCUUCAGGAAAACAUUCUACAUUUUCUGUUUAACUUUGAUUUCUCUCAUCCAAAUGAAGUUACAGCGUUGGCUGUUUUGUUGGAUGAACUGCACCAGCUCCACCUAUUUUCCUUCUCAACAUAUAUUAAGCUGCUUGCAGCGAAGGGCUACCUUCGUGACUCUAUGCGAAACACAGAAGUCGUAAACAAGCAUUGCCAGUUCUUAAUGCAGUAUCCCGUACACAACCUUCGCCGGUCGAUCCGUACAGCGGUACACAAUAUCUUGAUACGUAAUGGUGUAAAAAUACAUUGGGAAGCUGUGGAUCAGUACAUUCAACAGUUUCGAAAGAAUCCAAAAACAUUUCACUUCGCGGAUGACGAGCUUUACUCCAUCGUUUCCCUUACAUUAAGUCGCUUACUUGAACUUAUCGGAGACAGUACAAUGCAAGCGUACUUUCUGUUCAUUUUAUGUUGGCGUUACUCCGCAUUGCGAGUAAUCGAUCGGGCUGUACCCAUUAUGAGAAACAACGGCAUAAUGCGUUUGUCUUUACUGAUUUUAUUAGUGAAGGGCUUAACACUUACACCGAUCUUGAGAAAAUUCAUUAUCGAAAUGAGCACAAAAGAUGAGAUCUUGUCAGAAGCAGAAAAGGCGGUUUUGAUUCAAUUGGAUUCGUUAUACAAGUUGGACUUGAAUGUAAAUUACACAUUCGUUAUUCCCUUGUUCGUUGUUCAACAAAACUAUAUGUAUGAACGAGUUCAAAACGAGCCUUCUUGUCUCAAAAAGUUCAUGUUGCGACCAAACAUCCAGGCAGAGGAACUAGUUGAGUACCUUACGGACACCUUGGAACACACAAUCAAAGAUGAAGAGAUUAUAUUCACAAAUACAUGCUUGCAAUGUCUCAAGGUUAUGUCGAACGCAUCACUUAUUUCUCAAAAAAUACACAAUCUUGUGCGUAAAUGGCUAUUUACUAACCCUUGCGAGGAUAUGCGUCUCAACAAACUUUUACAUAUCGCAAGAGCUCGCCUUAUAAGCAUAGAAGAACUAUCGAUUCUCUUAAAUGAGUUACUCACCGCAGAUACUGUUGGCGAAGUUGGAAAAGAGUUAUGUUUUAAAAUAUUCAGCUAUCGUCUGUCGCGCACGGAUGAUGGAUCAAAGGAAUGGUACAGUUACAGUGAAAUUCUACAGCUUGUGCGAUGUUCAAUCGACAUGCAAAACAUUAUACGGAAGGCAAUCUCUGGGUUUAGUCACAAUCGUAUGUUUAUGCUAAAUACACUGGCACUCUUGUAUACUCUUGACUUUGAAACAUCCGUUUCGCUGUUUUCGUCAAAGGAAGAAUUACGCGAUAUUGUGUGCACGUUUAUCCCUCAACUCUGUACCAUUGAUAUUCGUGAGAGUUUUAGGUUGGCGUUGGAAAAGUGCGACCUAUUUUAUACCACUCUGUAUUCAUUGUGGCUUUAUACAUUGGACGAGAGACAGCUUUCUAGACUAUCUUUUGAUUUUUUGUUCGAUUCACUUGCCGCAACUUUCCCGCGCUACCGUCCCGAACUCUGGCAAAACAUGUGCUUGGGACUAUCGUUUUGCAAGGAUUUGUUCCAGGAAGUUAUCUUGCGUACACUAAGUACAUUCAAGGCUUUACCGCAGGAGUUCCUUAGCGAUGUAUGCAGUAUAUCCGCAUGGAUCUUAAAACACAAUCCCGAUAAGCACUUUCUAAAUCAGCUUUCACAAAUGUUUCCUUCUCGCAUGAAGUUAGUCUACUCUUGGUGCAAGACUGUUGGUAACGACGAAACCAAACAGUUGGAACUACAAAGUUGGGUAAUGCUCUUCAUACACCUGUUGCUUCAUUUUCAUUCCUACCUGAAACAACCUAAUCUUAUUCAUCAGCUAAAUACGUUUGCUCAGAUUCCAUUUAUUUUUGACAACCCUCAUAUCAUUGACAUUCUCACUGAUGCAAAAACAUUUCUUUUGCAAAGCGAAAAGAUGAAUGAUAAAGCAGAACAAGCCAAGUCAUUGGCUCCUUGGGAGGACAUUGAAGGUCUGACCCUUCAAGGCAAGACUCCGUACACACUUCAACAGUUUGAUCCAAAGCGGACAACCUCUCAAUUGUUCUUUUGGACACUAAAAAACAGUAGUGAGCAUUGAAAACCCUCACAUCAUCACUUGCCCUUUGAACCCACAACAAUCCACACACGCACUCAGUUUUCCCUCUUCUCGCCUCUACCACAUUUCUCUUGGUCAAGAGGUUUCUGUAUAUAAUAGUUUUCGAUUUGUUCCCUAACUGGAGAAAUUGGAAUGCGCCGACAAUGCGCGCCAUUCUGUUUAGACUUAUUCUUAAUUGACAGUAGAGUUACUUUUAUUUCUACGGGUACAUCGUAUAACGGCUAUAAGGAAA